ACCCGGGAACUGCGCUUCUCACGUGCAAUGAUCUUUGCCAUCGAGGAGAUAAACAACAGCACGGAGCUGCUGCCGGGAAUCAAACUCGGUUAUCACAUCUAUGAUGCGUGCGGCUCGGUGCCCGUGGCAGUGCAUGUGGCAUUCCAGAUUUCAAAUGGCCUGGACCCGGUGUUUUACACCGGUGACAAUUGCUCACAAUCUGGUAUGGUGAUGGCUGUUAUUGGUGAGUCUGAGUCCUCGCCAUCCAUCAGCAUGUCGCGCAUCAUCGGGCCCUUUAACAUCCCUCAAGUGAGCUACUUUGCCACUUGUGCAUGUCUGUCCGAUAAGCAGCAGUACUCAAAUUUCUUCAGAACCGUCCCUAGUGAUCAGUUCCAGGCUGAAGCGCUGGCCAAGCUGGUAAAACACUUUGGCUGGACUUGGAUAGGUGCUGUCCGGUCAGAUUCAGACUAUGGCAAUAAUGGUAUGGCGACUUUCCUGGAAGCAGCACGCAAAGAGGGGAUCUGUGUAGAAUACUCUGAAUCCUUCUAUCGGAAUCACCCACGUAGCAGAAUCCGGAGAAUUGCUGAUGUUAUCCGCAGGUCAACAGCUACGGUUGUUGUGGCAUUUACAUCCCCUGUAGACCUGAGUCUUCUGCUGGAGGAGCUGUCACUCGUGCCUUCUUCACCUCGCCAGUGGAUAGGCAGUGAAUCCUGGGUAACCGCCCCGGACUUGCUGAAGUUCAACUUCUGUGCUGGAGCCAUCGGAUUUGGCAUUCAGAAAUCUGUCAUCCCAGGUCUGAGAGACUUCUUGCUGGAUCUGUCUCCCUCUAAAGUGGCUGCCUCUCCAGUGCUUACUGAGUUCUGGGAGGAUGCAUUCAAUUGCCGGCUGGGAGAAAGUGCUGCCAUAGACAAGAUAUUAUGUGAUGGAACUGAAGACAUAAAGACGCUCCACAGCCCGUACACUGACACAUCUCAGCUCCGGAUCACUAACAUGGUAUACAAGGCUGUUUAUGCAAUAACUCAUGCCAUUCAUAAUACCUUUUCUGAAAUAAAAUAUUUGUUCUUUUCUUGUUCUCCAUCACUAUUUUCCUUAAUUUCAUCUUUACAGGUUCUUACUCAGCUGAAGGAAGUAAAUUUUACCCAAAAUGGUUAUGACGUGUCAUUUGAUGCCAACGGGGAUCCUGUGGCAAGAUACGAGCUGGUUAACUGGCAAAAAAGUGAGAGUGGCAGUAUUGAAUUGGUGACAGUAGGACAAUACGAUGAAUCACUGCCGGUGGGCCAGAAGUUCCAAAUCAACCAAAACCUCACCUGGGUGGAUGGUGGCACGCAAGUUCCUGUGUCAGUGUGCACUGACAGCUGUCCUCCAGGAACUCGUAAAUUGCUGCAAAAAGGAAAACCCAUCUGUUGUUAUGAUUGUAUACCGUGUCCUGAGGGAGAGAUUAGUAAUGCUACAGAUUCCCCUGAUUGUUUCCCUUGCCCCAAGGAGUUCUGGCCUAAUGAAGAGAGAGACACUUGUCUCCCCAAGCCUGUAGAGUUUCUUUCCUACAACGAGGUCCUAGGAAUCAUCCUGGCUGCAUUCUCAGUUGGUGGCGCCUGUCUGGCCAUUAUAACAGCGGCUGUGUUCUAUUGUCACAAGAACUCCCCAAUUGUCAGGGCCAACAACUCUGAGCUGAGCUUCCUGCUGCUCUUCUCCCUGACUCUAUGUUUCUUAUGUUCAUUAACUUUCAUUGGAGCACCCUCUGAGUGGUCCUGCAUGCUGCGCCACACAGCGUUUGGGAUCACAUUCGUACUCUGUAUGUCUUGUGUUCUUGGAAAAACAAUAGUAGUGUUAAUGGCCUUUAGAGCUACACUCCCAGGUAGUAAUGUCAUGAAAUGGUUUGGUCCUCCACAGCAAAGAAUGACUGUAGUGUCUUUUACGCUUAUUCAAGUUUUAAUAUGUACUAUUUGGUUGGUUCUUAGUCCCCCUUUUCCAAUGAAAAACCUAACCACAAACAAGGAGAGAAUCAUCCUGGAGUGUGCAUUGGGCUCAGCUGUUGGGUUCUGGGCUGUGCUCGGGUACAUAGGUCUACUGGCUGUCUUUUGUUUUGUGUUAGCUGUCCUAGCUCGAAAAUUACCUGAUAAUUUUAAUGAAGCCAAGCUCAUCACCUUCAGCAUGCUGAUAUUCUGUGCAGUCUGGAUCACCUUUAUCCCUGCAUAUCUCAGCUCUCCUGGGAAAUUUACUGUGGCUGUGGAGAUAUUUGCCAUUCUGGCCUCCAGUUUUGGACUAAUACUGUGUAUAUUUACGCCAAAGUGUUUCAUCAUAUUGUUUAGGCCAGAGAAGAACACCAAGAAAUAUUUAAUGAACAAAAAUUAAUCCUAAGAUUCCAGAGGUUUGGAAAUAGUUUAGUUGGCAUCAUUUACAUUGUGCAGCUUAUGCUGUGCAAAGUCUUGACUUUUGGAUUUA